AUGCCCGAGAUUCAAGAUGACAAAGGCCAAUACGUGAUCCCCUUCAUUCUCGGUCGGCUCGCUGAACACCAAGCCAAGCACGCCGACGACUCCAACCCGCCGCCGCCGUUCUUCAUCGGGCUGAAUGGCGUCCAAGGAGCUGGGAAAUCGGUCUUGGUCGACAUACUGAAGGAGACGCUCUCUUCGCCGCCACACUCUCUGUCCACCGUGGUCUUUUCGCUCGACGACUUGUACCUCACCCACGCGGACCAGGUGGCUCUGGCCCAAUCACACCCCGACAACCCCCUCCUACAGCACCGCGGGCAGCCUUCGACGCACGACGUCCCUCUGGCGCUGUCCGUCUUCGCCAGUCUCAAGGCGAACCAACCCACCAAGAUCCCACAGUACAACAAAGCCGCGUUCGCCGGCCAAGGCGACCGUGUCCCGGAGGAGGAGUGGGAAGUGGUCAACGGCGGCGGCGAUGGCUCCUCUCCCGUGCAGGUGGUCCUUUUCGAAGGGUGGUCCGUCGGUUUUCGACCAUUGUCCGAAAGUGCACUCCGGUCGAAACACGCAGCCGCCGUCGCCGCAUUGGAAAAGUCGACCCCGUCGAACCCGUACACGGGACGACUGGGCCACAACACGCUGGCCAGCGUGACGGCGAUCAACGAUGCCCUCAAAAGCUACGACCAACUCACCUCGCAACUGGACGCCUUUGUGCAUAUCGACGCCGCCGAUCCGACAUACGUGUACAAGUGGCGUCUCGAGCAGGAAGCCAACCUGCGUGCCGCUCGUGGCAGUGGCAUGACCGACGAGCAGGUCAAGCACUUCGUCGACGGAUACUACCCCGCGUACGAGCUGUACACCGAUACCUUGAGGGAAGGCGUGUUCAAAGAUGUUCGGCCAGACUGGCAAGGGAGGCAGCUGCGACUAAUUGUUGGCGCGGACCGAAAGGUGCAGCAGGUGAUCACAAUCUAAGCAAGAAUCCUAGCUGUACAAGGAUGAACUACCGCACGAUUUAUUGAAUGGUUACUUGAUUGGUGGCCGAGAAGCGACGUUCUGCCGUGCUGCACACGAGGUGAGACUUCGGAUGCCAGUCAAUCGCUGCACCACCAUAAGGUUUGGGAUCGCUCCAGAUUGUGCGUCCGGCCUUUCCAGCAUCUCGCCGGAUAGCUGAUUCCGGUUACCCGUUCGAGAAGUAGAUCGGCCACAAGCAGACGACAGGGUGUGUGAUGCAUACUGUAACAGGAGAUUGGUCCGUAAUAAAAAUUGUAGAUUGGUGUGUCGGUG